AUGAAAAACCAGCUCCGUGGCCCCCCAGCGCGGGCGCACAUGUCGGCCUCGGGGACGUCGGCGGCUGGGGGUACCGGGGCGGGGUCGGAGCCCGGUGCGGGGUCCGGCGCGGGCACCGGCACGGGCGCGGCGACGGGUGCGGGGGCCAUGCCGUGCAAGAGCGCAGAGUGGCUGCAGGAGGAGCUGGAGGCGCGCGGCGGCGCGUCCCUGCUGCUGCUCGACUGCCGGCCGCACGAGCUCUUCGAGUCGUCGCAUAUCGAGACGGCCAUCAACCUGGCCAUCCCGGGCCUCAUGCUGCGCCGCCUGCGCAAGGGCAACCUGCCCAUCCGCUCCAUCAUCCCCAACCACGCGGACAAGGAGCGCUUCGCUACGCGCUGCAAGGCGGCCACCGUGCUGCUCUACGACGAGGCCACGGCCGAGUGGCAGCCGGAGCCCGGCGCUCCCGCCUCGGUGCUUGGCCUGCUCCUGCAGAAGCUGCGCGACGACGGCUGCCAGGCCUACUACCUCCAAGGUGGUUUCAACAAGUUCCAGACUGAGUACUCUGAGCACUGCGAGACCAACGUCGACAGCUCGUCCUCGCCAAGCAGCUCGCCGCCCACCUCGGUGCUGGGCCUGGGGGGCCUGCGCAUCAGCUCGGACUGCUCGGACGGGGAAUCAGACCGAGAGCUGCCCAGCAGUGCCACCGAGUCGGACGGCAGCCCUGUGCCAUCCAGCCAGCCGGCCUUCCCCGUCCAGAUUUUGCCCUACCUCUACCUCGGCUGCGCCAAGGACUCCACCAACCUGGACGUGCUCGGCAAGUAUGGCAUCAAGUACAUCCUCAACGUCACGCCCAACCUGCCCAACGCCUUCGAGCACGGUGGCGAGUUCACCUACAAGCAGAUCCCCAUCUCCGACCACUGGAGCCAGAACCUCUCCCAGUUCUUCCCUGAGGCCAUCAGCUUCAUUGACGAGGCCCGCUCCAAGAAGUGUGGUGUCCUGGUGCACUGCCUGGCAGGCAUCAGCCGCUCGGUGACGGUCACUGUGGCCUACCUGAUGCAGAAGAUGAACCUGUCACUCAAUGACGCCUACGACUUUGUCAAGAGGAAAAAAUCCAACAUCUCACCCAACUUCAACUUUAUGGGACAGCUGCUGGACUUCGAGCGGACGCUGGGGCUCAGCAGCCCGUGUGACAACCACACACCCGGCGAGCAGCUCCAUUUCUCCACGCCCACCAACCACAACCUGUUCCCACUGAACACCCUGGAGUCCACGUGAGGCCCGGGCACGGGUGGGCAGGGCGCCGGGCCCUCCCCGGACAUCGCCGAUGUCCAGAGGCCCCGGCUGGCAGGUGGCUGAGCUGCCCUCGUCAUCCGGGGCGGACGGAGCCCACCGCCAGGUCCCCGUGUGCAGGACUUUCAGGGGCCCGGGCGCUCAGGCGCAGGGCUCGGGGAGUCCCGUGGGGCCUCCUGUGCUCAGGACCCUUCUUUCUGCUAACGGCUCAGCCAGUUCGGCGUUUUUUAAAGACACCCACGGACCCGAGUGUACUUUUUACUUCUGGCAGGUAAAUCCAAGCCCCCCGGAGCACAGAGUGUUCACGGUCGUCUUGAUUUUUCUUUUUUUAAUGAAAAGUGUUAUUUUCAGGCUAUAUACAACAGUGGAUUGUAUAAACCAGUAUUUCAUCCCUUUCUUGAUCCUGCGAGAGAGAGAAGUGUUCUCAGUUUUGUUUUUCUUUCUAUUUCCAAAAGCAGUUAUUGGUUUUUUGUUUUCUUUUUUUAAUGGAAAAGACAAACCCCGUGUUGAUCUUGACCAAAUGCAUUUUGCACAUGUGCGAAGCCCGGUUCUGCGGCAGGCCCUCCUCCAAGGGGUGGUUCGCUGCUCGGCGUGCGCCCCAAUCGCGCCCACAUCGCCCGACCUGGCCCGCGCAGCCUGGC